UCUUUUCACUUUGAUUUUGACAGACAGCUUUUUCGCGAUACAAUAUUUGCAUCUUAUCACAGAUUGAGUCGUGAGAAGAGGACAUACCUCUGUCUGGUGCAUCGCAAAACGACGAAGGAUUUCUGCCCUUUCUCGUCCGUCCGAUCGCAACCACGUGACGAAUCCAGCCUUUUUUUAUCAAGAUUUAUUCGAAAUGGCCAGAAACCAGGUGCUCAAGGAGUUGCGGCAGAUCAUGAAGGUCAAGGAGUUCGUCGGCCCCGAACCCAUCCACGCCUACAUCAUCCCCUCGGGCGACGCUCACCAAAGCGAGUACCUGGCCGCGUGUGACAAACGAAGGGCAUUCGUGUCGGGGUUCACCGGCUCGGCAGGCACGGCCAUCGUGACCGAGGACCACGCGUGCAUGUGGACUGACGGCCGCUACUUCCUUCAGGCCACCAAGGAGAUGUCGCAGGACUGGACCCUCAUGAAAGAAGGCAUUCCGUCGACACCUUCGCAAGGCACCUGGUUGUCAAAAACCCUGGCCAGAAACUCAAGGGUAGGUUUCGACCCUUAUCUCAUGUCCCAGUGCGAGUUCCGGCCGCUCAAGACGUUGCUCGAGUCGUCUGGAAUUGACCUUGUGGCCGUUGACAAAAACCUGGUGGACAUUGUGUGGGACAAGGAGAAGCCACAGAGGCCCAGGGGUCCGGCCAUGCCCCUCGAACUCAAAUACACAGGGGUAACGAGUGCGUCCAAGGUGUGUGACCUGAGGGAGCAGAUGCUGGAGAAGAACGCAGUCCUCUUUGUCCUGACAGCCCUUGAUGAAAUUGCUUGGCUGCUGAAUUUGCGCGGGUCGGACAUUUCGUACAACCCCGUCUUCUUCUCGUACGCGUCUGUCAGUCAGAAGGGCGUGACCCUGUUCAUCGACGAGAGCAAAGUCACAGCUGCCGUCCAUGAGCACUUCGAGGCUGAAGGUCUUCAGGUGGGCGUGGCCACGUAUGACUCAAUCCGGAGCCACAUCGAGGCCACGCUCAACGAGCUGGGUCCGUUAGACAAGAUUUGGAUUUCGGAGAACUCGAGCGUGGCGCUGACGAGUCUGGUGCCGGAUCAGAGUCUGUUGACCGAGGUGAGUCCUGUGGCCAUCGCCAAGACCAUCAAGAACCCGACCGAGGUCAACGGCAUGAUCAACGCGCACAUAAAGGACGCGGCCGCCCUGUGCAGGUACUUUGCCUGGCUCGAGAAGGAGGUCGCCCUGGGCAACGCGGUCACCGAGAUUUCCGGCGCCACCAAACUCGAGCAGUUCAGAUCGGAGCUGCCCGACUUUGUGGGUCUGAGUUUCGAGACAAUUUCCUCAGUAGGCCCAAACGCCGCCAUCAUCCACUACUCACCAGAUCCGUCCACUGACCGUCCCAUCACGGACAAACACGUCUACCUGUGCGACUCUGGCGCCCAAUUCAAGGACGGCACGACAGACGUGACUCGCACAAUCCACUUGGGGACCCCGACUGACUUUGAAAGAGAGGCCUUCACCAGGGUGUUCAAGGGCGCCUACGCAAUACGCAGCUGCAUCUUCCCCUCCAAAAUUAAGGGCAACUAUCUGGACACCCUGGCGAGGAAGCCGCUGUGGGACAUCGGACUGGACUACCUGCAUGGAACCAGUCACGGAAUCGGGUCGUACCUGAACGUCCACGAAGGUCCCAUCGGCAUCACCUUCAAGAACAGGCCCAACGACCCUGGCAUGCAGGCCAACAUGUUCCUAUCCAAUGAGCCCGGUUACUACGAGGACGGCAGUUUCGGGAUCCGCAUCGAAAACAUUGUGCGGACCGUUCCGGCCAAAGUGCGCUUCAACUUCAAGGACAGGGGCUUCCUCACCUUCGAGGACGUCACCGUGGUGCCUCUGCAGACCAAAAUGUUCCUCAAGUCGCUGCUCACGCCUGAAGAGGUCUCUUAUGUGAACGAGUACCACGCCAAGUGCCUGGAGCUGGUGGGCCCGUUGCUCAAGGGCGACGCCCUCCAGUGGCUGCAGAGGGAGACGCAGCCAAUUUGAAAUCAAAAAGUGAUGCUUAUUUUAUUAAUAAAUCUCUAUUUAAUUGCUCUAAAUAUAGCUUGUUGGAUACAAAAGUGUUUGACUUAUUCAAAGUAAAUUAAUUCAGUGUCGUAUUAAAAUGGUAAAGGACUUCUUCUCUCUCACUACUCCUGGCUUGACACCAGCGAGUUUCCUGAUCACAUUGCGUCCAAGUCGAGUUAAGGCAGCGUUUUGAGGUAGACUUUAGUUGCUUCAUUUGCGCUCCUGCAGCCUUCGUAGGAUCGCCCUGCUCUGGGCGGCGCUGCUUUGCGCGUUCACCAGAAACUUGUGUGAAGUGUUCGCCGGCAUCGUCAAGAGCGGCUGGAACGAAAUUUAGUAGUAAGUGAAA